CUUUGCCAAACCGAGCCGUAAAUCGAGCCGUGCUCGUGGUUACGCAUCGUUAGAACAACGACACGCCGUGAAUAAUACGCUUGCGCACGUGUCGAACGGUUGCCAAGUCCUCGAAGCGACGCACUGCGCUCUACAUUAGCUCCCUGCACCGGAGGCUGCCAAAGCGUACGCCAACGAUGCGACGCCUCGCCAUAGCACUCGCAACCGCGAGCGCAUUACAAGUCCUCGACUACGGCCCCGGCCGCAACCACGACCUCGUGGAAGUGGGCACCGAUUCUGUUUUUGUCGACUUCGACGAAGCCGUCAGCGCUUGUGAGGACCAGCCGUCAGCUGCUAUCUGCGUCUACCAGAACGGCAAGGACCGUAGUUGCAGCGACGGCGCGCCAGAGGCCGAUGCGAAGAGGGGUGUAGUGAAGUUACCAAAUGAGCUCAAGCAGUUCGACGCGCGGUACGACAUCGCCCUGGCGCAAGGCGUGUUUUGUGCCGUAAACGGUACUGCACUAUCGGAACCCGUGCGCUGGACCGUGCAGACGGUGACGGAGCCGGAGGUCGACGACGAGGCGACCACCUGUGCGUAAAUCAAGCAGUGAGUCGGGUGCACCACGCCAUCGAGCAGGUGUCGCGUCGAACGCGCCGUAAAAUUUGAUUUCCACACAGGCGACCACGGCGAACACGACCACCACCGUAGACCAAGUCGAGGUCUACGGCCUAGGUAUAUUUGUCUCCGAUGUCGCCUCAAUAGACCUGCAGUCGUCGACGUGGUAUGGAGAUGUCGACGUCUACGUCCUCAAGUACUACCGGCCCUUCCUCGAGCUCGACAGCGCCCUCAAGGAAGCGACGCGACCGACCGACCGCGGCCGAGCGUGCGACGUCGAUGCAACAGACAAGUGGCUCUUCUUCAAGAACGAAGAUUUACCCGAGCUCCAGUUUGUGAACAUCGGUAAAAACCCUUCAAAAAAUCCCAUAGUCCAGGAUGAUAGAUUUGACCACCUCCGGGUGCAGUCGGAAUUUUACUUUUCUCCGUCCAUCGCCGAGUAUCCGUUUCAAACCCAAACUUUGCCCAUUACGCUGGAACUACCACCGGAGCUAUCGGCAGGCGCGCCGUCCAAAGUCCUCUGUCUGCUCGAGACGUACAGCGGCUUCGCGACCAAACUCAGUUCUUUCGCGUCUGUGGACGAAAAAGAUGCGACUCUGUCCGCCAAAGUUGUGGUCGACGAAGCGGCUCGGCGGCCGCCCUUCGCGAGAAAUUGCGAGGCGCAAUUGUCUUAUCCUUCAUCCGGCUGCCCGCCGACCAGGCAGACCAGUCGUUUGUCCUUAGAACUGAAGUUCGCGCCACCUUCGAGGUUAGGCGCAUUCGUACUCCUGCCGCCGUCGUUCAUCGCUUUAUUUGCGAUCGUUUCCUACGCGCAGAGCAACGCCCGGUGUGGAAAUCAAUUCCUGCGUCUGCUCGAUGGCGUUCACUGAUUGAUUUCCACACAGGCAACGCGGGCCUGCGGCUGGUCUACCACGUGACGCUGAUGCUGGCCGCGGUGACGCAGCACGCCGCCAUACGGUCAGCGUUGCCACCGCGGGCGCCUACUACUGCUGCGGACGACUUCGCGUUCUGCGUCUACGCCGUGGUCGCGGUCGCGGUGCUCGCGGCCGUCGCGGAGAUGCUCGCGCCAAAGGUCCGCAUGGACUGCCUGUGCCUCGCGCCAGCAUCCCUCUUGAUCUUCGUCCACGCGCGGCCGCCGAUCAGCCUCGACGCACCUUUGGCUGUCGCGGUCAUGCUCGUCUUCUGCGGGGCCGCGGCGCUCGCCUGCGCGCGGCGGAUGCUGCACAAGCCGGGCGGCGACCCGGGCGGCGCCUACGCGCGCGUGAGCUCGUCGGACGUCCGGCGGCAGUCCUCGUUGCAAGAAAACCUUCUUGAUGAUGACGACUACAAGGAGGACGAGCCGCCCGAGUCCCCGACAACUACCAUUCGGAAACGAAACUUGGAGAUGGUGGAGCGCGGGGGGGAAUUUGUAUAGUUUUUGA